AUGGUUCAUCUUUUAAGAAUACUUGGUAAGCUUGUUGAUAACAAGGAAUACACUGACAAUGAACUUGAAAACCUCAACUGGGAAGAGAAAAGCAGGUUAAUUCAGAGUGAUCCAGUCACAUUUGCUAGACACUUUGAUUAUCAAAUAUAUCAGUUCAUACAAAACUUUCUCCUAAGCGAAGCUGCACCUCUAGGGAAAAUUUCUGACUGGUUCUAUAGAGUUGAGUAUCAGCAAAGAGGAUCACCUCGUAUUAUAUGUUAAUAUGGCUAGAAAAUGCUCAUAUAUUUGGUGAAGGUUCUGAUUGGCAUGUUAUUUCUUUCAUUGAUAAAAUAAUCACAUGUGAAAAGCUAACUGAGAAUCAAGAAUUGCUUGCACUUGUAAACAGGCAAGUUUAUCGUCAUUCCCACACUUGUCGAAAGAAAUCCAAAAGUGUAUGUCGUUUCAAUUACCCACAACCAUCUAUGAGGUCAACCAAAAUUUUAUAUCCAUUAGAUACUGAUAUGGAUGAUAAUGAACUUAAACAACAUAAAGAUACUUGGAAGUGUAUAAAGAAGCACCUGAAUGAUAUGAAAGAGGGAGAAGAUAUUACAUUUGACCAGUUGCUGCUAAGUCUUGAAGUAACAGAACAGAAUUAUUUACUGGCUGUUCGAUCCAGCCUUAGCGCACCAACUAUAUUCUUAAAAAGGAAGCCAAAUGAAUUGAGAAUUAAUAAUUAUAAUGCUGCUUGUCUUAGUGCAUAGUGUGCGAAUAUGGACAUUCAAUUUGUACUUGAUGUAUAUGCAUGUGCAAUGUACAUUGCGUUAUAUAUAUCCAAGGCUCAAAAAGGCAUGAGUGAGCGGUUGCGGACAGCUUGUGAAGAAACAAGGAGAGGAAACAUGACUAUUAAGCAACAAGUAAGAGAUAUUGGUAAUACAUUUUUAAACAAUGUUGAAAUAAGUGCACAAAAAGCAGUUUAUAUAGUAUUAGGCCUUGCAAUGAGAAAAUGUUCUCGCCAAAUUGUAUUUAUAAAUAUUUCACCCCCAGAAGAAAGAGUUCGCUUGUUAAAACCGUUACAAGAGAUCAAUAAGAUGGAUGAAAUUUAUGCAUCUGGUCUAAUAAAACGUUACAUAAAACGACCAGCCAGCCUUGAAAAUGUGUCGCUUGCUAAUUGGGCUGCAUGGUAUAACUCCAUUGAUAAACCAUACAUCAAACAAUCUGAUGAACUUGAUAUUGAUAACUAUCUACUUGAGACCAACUUGAUGGAUGAUAAUGAUGAUGACAAUGAGGAAAAAGAAAGUUGUAAAAAAAGAAUAAAAAAAGAUCUGAAGCCAGAAUUAUUCGAAGUUUGUGUUUUAGCAAGGAAGUUGAUUCAGAAAAGCAUUAUCGUGAACUUAUCAUGUUGUUCACAUCAUGGAGAAAUGAAAGAACUGACUUGAUAGGAAAUGGUUCUUCUUACCAAGAACGCUCGUUAUGUACUUGUUAAAGCUAUAAUUGAUGAACAAAUGAAACAAUAUGCUAUGUGUAGUGAAGACCUCAAUGAAAUUCAAGAUCAACUUAAUAACAUCGAAAAUAAUGAUGAUAAUUAUGACCUAAUUGCUCCAGGAACACAAAACAUUGAGCUUCAAGAUGAAUCUGAAGGUAUGCAAGACCUGCAUCCAGAAUUCAAUAAAAACUAUGACCUAUCUGGUGAUCUUGGCAUUCCUUCAACUGUAUCUAAUACUGAGCAUCUGAUAUUGCAUGAAGAACAGGAUGAUGUUUACAGAGCAAUGGUACAAAAACUAAAUAGAGAACAAAAGGAAUUUUUCUACCAUGUUUUGCAUCUUAUUAAAAUUUCAGAUAAUCCAUUUUACUGUUUUCUUAGUGGAGGAGCUGGAGUUGGCAAGUCACAUCUCACUAAGUGUCAUUAUCAAGCAGCAUUAAAGUACUAUAAUACUAGAGUAGGUGAUGAUUUCCAUCAAGUAAAAAUAUUAAUGCUUGCACCAACUGGUAAAGCAGCUUACAACAUUAAAAGUAACACAAAACAUAGUGCACUUGCAAUACCUGCAUGUCAAUCUUUAAAGAAUUACAAACCUCUGGAUUCAAGCAGACUAAAUACAUUACGAUGUCAACUUGGUGGUUUAAAACUAAUAUUUUUGGAUGAGAUCUCAAUGGUCGGUAGUACAAUGUUCAAUGUUCAGAAAAAUAAUAGGCUAAAAGAUAUCAAAGGACUUAAAGACGACGUCGACUUUGGCGGUAUAAGCUUAUUAUUGAUUUAUUUCAAUUUGAACCUGUAAUGGAUAGGUAUAUAUUUAAGAAUUUAGGAAAUUGGAAGAAAUUAUGAGACAAAGGGAAAGCAAAGUGUUUGCUGAAAUAUUAAACAGACUUAGGGAAGGAAAGCACACUAAGGAUGAUAUUUUGAAACUAAAAAAAGGUUAAUAAAACAAAAAUAGCAUCCAAGAUCCCAUGGAUGUACCUCAUUUGUUCAUACAAAAUCAGAAAGUAAAUUAAUUUAAUUAACGAAAGGGUACAUAAUGCAGCCACUGGUGAAAAGUUUUCUAUUAAAGCAAUAGACAGUGUUAUAGGAGCUAACUCAGCUCAACUUCGCAAUAAAAUUUUGAGUCAAAUACCAGAUGAUCCAAGAAAAACUAAACAGAUUGCUUUAAGCCUUCAAUUGUCAGUUGAGGAAAGAACUGAGAUAGCAUUAAAUGUACGCACAGAUGACGGCAUGACUAAUGGUUGUGGUAAUGUUGUUAAAAAAAUACAAUUAAAUCAAAGAGAUAAACCAUCAGGUAUAAUAUGGGUUCAGUUUGACCAUCCAGAUGUUGGUGAAGAGACCAGGCAUGAAAAUAGACAUUUUUAUAUACAAGGUAUCGAGUCAACAUGGACUCCAAUAAAGCCAACUACAACACAAUUUGCUGUAGGUAGAAACCAAACUGCACAAGUUGUUAGAAAACAGUUUCCCCUUAGACCUGCUGCAGCUAAGACAAUUCAUCGAUCAGAAGGUGAUACUGAACAAAAUAUUGUUGUAAAUUUCAAUACUAGAAGAUCAAUACCUCAUGUGCAUUAUGUUGGUUUGAGCAGGGUAACAGCAAUUGAAGGUUUAUUUAUAACUGACCUUUGUGAAGAUAAAAUAGCUGUCAAACCAUGUAACAGCAGAAAUGGAAUAUUUGAGAAAUGA